AUGUUACUGCUGCCCUCUGUGUGUAAAUACAGCGAGGAUGUGGAGAACAUGCAAAACAUUGGUGUGACGUCAGUUGGUGUGUGUGACGUCAGUUGGUGUGACGUCAGUUGGUGUGUGUUACGUCAGUUGGUGUGUGUGACGUCAGUUGGUGUGUGUGACGUCAGUUGGUGUGACGUCAGCUGUCGGUGUGACGUCAGUUGGUGUGACGUCAGUUGGUGUGUGACGUCAGUUGGUGUGACGUCAGUUGGUGUGUGUUACGUCAGUUGGGUGUGUGUGACUUGGUGUGACGUCAGUCGGUGUGACGUCAGUUGGUGUGACGUCAGUUGGUGUGUGACGUCAGUUGGUGUGACGUCAGUUGGUGUGUGUUACUUGGUGUGUGUGACGUCAGUUGGUGUGUGUGACGUCAGUUGGUGUGACGUCAGUUGGUGUGACGUCAGCUGUCGGUGUGACGUCAGUUGGUGUGACGUCAGUUGGUGUGUGACGUCAGUUGGUGUGACGUCAGUUGGUGUGUGUUACUUGGUGUGUGUGACGUCAGUUGGUGUGUGUGACGUCAGUUGGUGUGACGUCAGUUGGUGUGACGUCAGCUGUCGGUGUGACGUCAGUUGGUGUGACGUCAGUUGGUGUGACGUCAGUCGGUGUGACGUCAGUUGGUGUGACGUCAGUUGGUGUGUCUUACUUGGUGUGUGUGACGUCAGUGUGUGUGACGUCAGUUGGUGUGUGACGUCAGUGUGUGUGACGUCAGUUGGUGUGUGUGUGACGUCAGUGUGUGUGGCGUCAGUUGGUGUGUGUGACGUCAGUUGGUGUGUGUGA